AUGGCUGUUAAUCGUCGUUCUUGCCGAGUCCUCGCUGCGGCCAUAUUUAUGGUCACGCUACUCUUUCUUCGAUCUUUCCAACAACAGGACACGCAUACCGGGCAGCCCUCACGGCACAUACUUCAUCCAAAAAUUCACUUCCAGUCGAGCAGUUUCGACUGGUCGUUGGUGCCCCAACGAUACCCCGUGUCUUCAUUCCGACCUCUUCCCACUCGCCGACCGGAGCACCUCCGCCGCAUUCAGCAUGCCUUUCCGAAUUACGUAGACGAUGCAACCACUCAGCGCCGGAGAAAGACCGUCCGCGACGCUUUUGUUCGGUGCUGGGACAGCUACAAGACACACGCAUGGUUGAGGGAUGAGCUGGCCCCGGUAAGCGGCCAAUGGAAGACAACAUUCGGCGGGUGGGCAGCAACGCUGGUGGACUCGCUCGACACUCUUUGGAUCAUGGACCUCAAGGAUGAAUUCUACACGGCUGCGGCCGCCGCGGCCCAGCUGGACUGGGCAAACACGACCGACACGGCUGUCAACCUCUUCGAAACGACAAUCCGCCACCUUGGAGGCCUGCUAAGCGCCUAUGACUUGAGCGGUGAAACCGCACUGUUGAAGAAGGCUACAGAACUGGGCAACAUGCUUUAUAUGGCCUUCGACACACCCAAUCGCAUCCCGGGCUUCUGGCUCAACUUUGAAGACGCAAAGCAGGGAUUGCAAACGGCAGGAACGAACGACCCUUCAGCAAGCCCUACCUCGCUUUCCCUUGAGUUUACACGACUAUCAGUUCUGACGGGCGACCCCAAGUUCUACCAUGCCAUCGCCCGCGUCACCGACUUCCUGGAGCGGACCCAAAGCCAGUCCAAGCUCCCCGGCAUGUGGCCGAAACUCAUCAACUUCCAUGACGAGACCGUUGAUGGUGAGAUAGGGUUCACCCUGGGUGCGCUGGCAGACUCGCUGUACGAAUAUUUGCCGAAGAUGGUGGCCUUGCUGGGUGGGCAGUUGCUCGGCUACGAGAGAAUGUACCGCACUGCUAUGGAUGUUGUCAAGACGCACCUCCUGUUCCGGCCCAUGGUGGCCGAGGACGACGAGGAGGGCAAGGACGUCCUCUUCGUGGGCGACGUAUUCGUCCACCCAGACCAUAUCGACCACGUCCCAGAGGGCCAGCACCUCUCGUGCUUUACCGGGGGCAUGUUUGCCCUCGGCGGCAAGAUAUUCGGUAUCCCGGACCACGUCGUCAUUGGCGAAAAGUUAGCCCGCGGCUGCGCGUGGGCAUACAACGCGUUCCCGACCGGGUUGAUGCCUGAGAUUUUCAACCUCCUUCCCUGUUCCUCCAUAGACGGUCCAUGUCCCUUCGACGAAAAUCUAUGGCAGAAGGAGGGAAACAAGAGGCUGAAGAAGGGGUUCAAGAACGCUAGGGAGCCGAAGUACAUCCUCCGGCCGGAGGCCAUCGAGAGCGUCUUCCUCCUCUACAGGAUGACGGGCAAAGCAGACCUCAGGGAUCUGGCGUGGCGCAUGUUUGAGGCCGUCAUGGACGCGACGAAGACUCCACUUGCCAACUCGGCGAUUGAGGAUGUGACGGUCGAGGGCGAGACAAGCAAGACGGACUCGAUGGAGAGCUUCUUCCUGUCCGAGACACUCAAGUACUUCUAUCUGAUAUUCUCACCGCCCGACCUCAUCAACCUUGAUAUCUUUGUCCUCAAUACCGAGGCACAUCCUUUCCGGCGGUCAAUGGUAGUGUAG